CUUGAAUGAAACAAGUGUUAUAUAAACUACUUCUCCACCUUUCAUCCUCUCUAAGCAACCUUUUCUUUGUUUGUGUCUUUUGCUUCUCAUAUUUGUGUAGAAAUUAUGAGUCCAAAGAAAUGGUUUAAGAGAAUUGUUAAAUUGAAGAAACGGAAGGAAGAUAAAUCGGACCAAGCUAAGGUGCAAUCCACCCCUGAAAAACCAGAUGAGUCCUCUGAAGAGAAACAAGACGAAACUUGUGAAGAGUCAAAUAACAUUCCUAGUGAAGGUUCGGAGGUACUAGAAAGGACAGUUCCCACCAGCUUCAUAGAAGAUAUUGCUGCUACUCGAAUUCAAAAUGCAUUUCGUGCAUUUCUGGCAAGAAGAACAUUGCAGAAUCUAAGGGAGACUGCACUAAACUACACUAAAAACAUUGCAGCGUCGAAGGUAGCAGUGAAACUUGAGGCUGCAAUUCAGCAUCACAUGGCCAAAGAACAGACAAUAAGUGCACUAAACUACAUACAUACAUGGAGCAGAAUACAGGAUCAGAUCAAAGCUCGCAGACUCUAUAUGCUAACAGAAGCAAGGAUUAAGCAAAAGAAACUAGAAAACCAGUUGAAACUUGCAGCUAAGAUUCAUGAGCUUCAGGUGGGAUGGUGUGGAGGUUCUGACACAAUGGAAGAUAUACUUUCCAGGAUUCAUCAGAGGGAAGAAGCAGCAGUCAAACGAGAGCGAGCUCUGGCAUAUGCCUUCUCUCAUCAGUGGAGGCCCAAUUGCAGGCAGUAUUUGGGCCAGGCUAUCUACUGCGUUGGCAAAGAAAGCUGGGGUUGGAGUUGGAAGGAGAGGUGGGUAGCAGUUCGUCCGUGGCAAAUCCGGCUUCGUUUUCCUGACCCCAUCACAAAGAAAACCACUGACACCAAAGUCCCAUUCUCUAUUCCUGAGUUGUCAAAUACAAAGGAAACUCCGAAAGGGAAAGAAAACAACACUCCAGAUCUGUCUAACAACAAUCUAGCCAAAUAAACCACGCUGUCUCCUCUGUCAUCUAUGCCAAUCCUUAUCACCAUUUUUUUUUUUUUCUAUCCACCAUUUCAUUGUGUAUGAUUAAUGAAUUUUAAAGUAUCAGCAUAACUGAAAUGUCAAAAUUCAUAGCAAUGAACUUUAAAGUGAUGAGAGAAACAUGAUCUUGAUGCAGUUUUCAAAACCUUUGUCUUAGGUUAAAAUUACAUUGUCGGACUAUUGUGAGAAGCUUGUUUGAAGGUAACACAGAUUUGAAUAUUGGCGAAAACAAACUCUACGGUCAUAAUACUACUGAUACACGCCUUAGAUCAGAUAAAGUUUAUCUUUUUCUUAGAAGAUAAAAUACCCGAUUG